AUGAAGUUUUAUAUUGAUGACUUGCCAGUAUUGUUUCCUUAUCCAAGAAUAUACCCUGAACAAUAUGCGUAUAUGUGUGAUAUUAAAAAGACAUUGGAUGUUGGUGGCAAUUGUAUACUAGAGAUGCCGUCAGGAACAGGUAAAACUGUAUCAUUAUUGUCAUUGACUGUCGCAUACCAGAUGCAUUAUCCAGAACAUAGAAAGAUUGUUUAUUGUUCCCGUACCAUGUCAGAAAUCGAAAAGGCAUUAAUUGAAUUACACAAGUUGAUGGAAUAUCGUGCUAAUGAGCUUGGAGAAGUGGAAGAUUUCAGAGGUUUGGGAUUGACAAGUAGAAAGAAUUUAUGUUUACACCCAACUAUAUCUAAAGAAAGAAAAGGUGUUGUUGUCGAUGAAAAAUGUCGAAGAAUUACCAACGGUCAAUUGAAGUCGAAAAUAGAAAAAGGAAUCGUAACUGAAGAAGAUCAGUUGCUUAAUCCAGAAACCAAUAGUUUAUGUUCGUACCACGAAAAGUUGUAUGAUUAUGAGCCACAUAAUUUAAUCCCCCCUGGAGUUUACUCAUUUGAUGCAUUGUUGAGAUAUUGUAAAGAUGAAGGAACGUGUCCUUAUUUUACUGUGAGAAGAAUGAUUCCAUUUUGUAAUAUUAUCAUUUAUUCAUAUCAUUAUUUAUUGGAUCCAAAAAUUGCAGAACGUGUUUCAAAAGAAUUAUCUAAAGAUAGUAUCAUUAUUUUUGAUGAAGCACAUAACAUCGAUAACGUUUGUAUCGAGUCGUUGUCGCUAGACCUAACUGAAGACACAUUGAAACGAGCUACUCGUGGUGCAAAUAAACUAGGAGAAGCUAUUGAGGAGAUGAAGAGUCAAGAUAGUGAAAAACUACAAAACGAAUACGAGCAAUUGGUGGAGGGUUUGAGACAAGCAGAAAUUGCUAGAGAUCAAGAGUUGUUUAUGGCUAAUCCGGUAUUGCCUCAAGAUUUACUUGAUGAAGCUAUUCCCGGUAAUAUUCGAAAGGGUGAGCAUUUUAUUGCAUUCUUGAAGAGAUUUGUGGAGUAUUUGAAAACAAGAAUGAAGGUUUUACAUGUUAUCAGUGAAACCCCUACUAGUUUUUUACAACAUUUGAAAGAUUUGACAUAUAUUGAAAGAAAACCAUUAAGAUUUUGUUCAGAACGUUUAUCGUUAUUGGUAAGGACUUUGGAAUUGUCAGAAGUUGAAGAUUUCAAUGCAUUAAAAGAUAUUGCCACAUUUGCCACUUUGGUAUCUACAUAUGACACUGGUUUUCAGUUGAUUUUAGAACCAUAUGAAACAGAAGGAAGUACCGUUCCUAAUCCAAUAUUGCAUUUUACUUGUUUAGAUGCCUCUAUUGCUAUCAAGCCAGUCUUUGAGAGAUUUUCUUCAGUUAUUAUCACUUCUGGUACCAUUUCUCCUUUGGAUAUGUAUCCAAAGAUGAUGAAUUUCCAAACAGUGAUUCAACAGUCCUAUUCCAUGACUUUGGCAAGAAGAUCAUUCUUACCAAUGAUUGUGACCAAAGGAUCAGAUCAAGUGUCUAUAUCAUCCCGUUUUGAGAUCCGUAACGAUCCUUCAGUGGUUCGUAACUAUGGGUCAUUAUUGGUUGAAUUUGCCAAAAUCACUCCUGAUGGAAUGGUUGUAUUCUUUCCGUCGUAUCUAUAUAUGGAAUCCAUCAUUUCCAUGUGGCAGAAUAUGGGGGUCUUGGAUGAAGUUUGGAAACAUAAAUUAAUUCUUGUGGAAACUCCUGAUGCACAAGAAACCUCAUUGGCUUUGGAAACAUAUAGAAAAGCAUGUUCUAAUGGUAGAGGUGCGGUCUUGUUGUCUGUUGCUCGUGGUAAAGUAUCUGAAGGAAUUGAUUUUGAUCAUCAUUAUGGUAGAACAGUAUUGAUGAUUGGUAUUCCUUUCCAAUAUACUGAAUCAAGAAUAUUAAAGGCACGUUUAGAGUUCAUGAGGGAUCAUUUCCUGAUCAAAGAGAAUGAUUUCUUAUCUUUCGAUGCUAUGAGACAUGCUGCCCAAUGUUUAGGUAGAGUUUUAAGAGGGAAAGAUGAUUAUGGUAUUAUGGUUUUAGCAGAUAGAAGAUUUUCAAGGAAAAAGAAUCAAUUGCCUAAAUGGAUAGCUCAAGCUUUGAAUGAUUCAGAUACAAACUUGUCAACUGAUAUGGCACUUGCUACAGGGAAAAAGUUUUUACGAAGUUUGGCACAACCAAGUAAUCCAAAAGAUCAAGAAGGUGUGUCUGUGUGGAAUCUUGAACAAUUGGAAGAAUACCAAAAACAAUUUAAGAAAGUUGAAGAAGUCGAAGAGGCAGAUUUCAUGGAUAUCGAUGAAGACGAUUUGGAUUUGUUGUAA